AUGGAAUUAGAAGAACAAGAGGAUUUGAAUCAUCCCUUAAUUCCCUAUCAUCAACAUGAAAGUGAAGGAAAUUGCGAGUUGUUUGAUGAUAGAACACAAGAGAACCCAAGCACUCCAAUCAAUAGCCAAAUUAUCUUGCCAUCCCACUGUCCAUUCCUUGACAAGUACAACCAAACUACGGUUGAAUUGGGAAUUAAUUUUGAUCCAGUAAGCUUGAGCAAUGAGAAUGAAAUUGGACCAGAUGUGAACAUUGACGAUUUGUUAAAGUACGGCAAUAAGUCAUCUGCCUCCAUCAGAAACUUGCCAAUAUUCAAAGGAGAGAAAACUUUCUUCGUUUUCUACGUUCAAAACUUUGAAGAUUGGCAAUUCAGGGAAAUAUUCAGAUAUUGCAAUGGUGACGGAUCAAAGAGUAAGAUGACAAUCAAGAGAUUUUUCAUUGAUUUCACAGAUGCUAUGAAUGUACUCAUCAAACAAAGUAGAAUUGUCAUGGUACAUGGAUCAAUUCAUAGACCACUGUAUCACUCAGUUCUAUUUGAAGCUAAAUCCAGCUCCUUUCAAGUCGAAGAUACCUUUCAACAAAUACACAACAAAAAAAUGAAACGAAAAGAGUUGGUUUCACGUUCCUCCAUUCAACAAAACACAAAGAAGAAAAAAGUAGAUGAUGCCUUAUUAAAUUUUGAUUUCUUGAUUGAAGAAUCAACAAAAUUGCGAUUCCUCACUCUUUGUAAUUCAACUGGAAAAAUAACUUCAUCAUCUAAUGCUGGACUGUUAACUAGUAAAGUAAAUUCAGAAAUGCUUAAGGCUUUUGGAAUUAAUCUUGAUAAAUUUAAAACCAAAAUUGUUUGUGAUGAGAACAUCAUUGAGUCAGUUGUUUCAAAAAGCGUUUUUAGAAAUCAGAAACUAAUAGAACACUUUUUUGUUAAAGAUCUAUCAAGGGUAAAAGUUGAAGAAAGAAUAUCAUGUUCUCCAAUUAAUCAUCUCCUAUUCCUUAAUGAUUAUUUUUCUCAAGUUGUAACCUCCACAAACGAACGAUUAAUAUUUCAAAAGGGUGAUGUUUUGCAUUCAAAAGAUAAGCAAGUUUCAAAAAGUGAACUUGUGUUGGAGGAUGAAGAAAAGAGUUUCAAUUUAGUCUUGUACUACAUUUCACAAAUUUUAGGGAACAAGUUAAAACCAGAUCUCUUUUUAGAACAAGACCUUACUAAUUUAUUUUCCACUAAAGAUUUGAAACAGUUUGGAUUUGGUUUCAUUGAGCUGUUUAGAACUGAAGCUAAAGAAUCAGCUGAUGAUUUUUCAAAAGAUUUAGAAUGCUUUCAAAUGAUGCAAAUCUUGUUUGAAAAAACAGGAUUUAUCUAUCCAAUCCGAGCACCAAGUUUAGCCAAUGCAGGAAAUUUAUAUAGAUUAUCCCUUACCUGUGUCCUUCCUUCAUCAUUACUUUACUAUUUGAAGUAUAAGGAGAAUCUGGAAUGCAUGGAGUUGAACAGUAUCAAAAUUUCAGAUCUCUGUUCUUCAAAGAAUGAUAGAAAGACAAUUUUACAGAAGAAGUUGAAAAAUACCGAAGAAAAACAAUUGAUAGACAAGUUGCAAGAUGAAGAAAACAAAGAAUUGAAAGGAAUUGAAGAAAGAACAAAAGAUGAGAAUGAUUUAGAGACUGUUACAAACAAGAUAAGUUACCUUGAAACAUUCUUUCCACAAUUCUUAAGAGAUGAAUCUGUUUCAAUAGAAAAUUCAGCUUUUUGUGUGGGAGAACAAGGCGAGUUUGUUCAUGAAAACAAUUUAAUGUACUUUCCAGUGGAAUCCUCAAGUGGUAUGAAGACACUAAUAUAUUAUUGUUUGGUUACUUGCAAAUAUAUUUUGAAAAUGGUUGAAAUGAUGAAAGAAGAAUUGCAACUUUCUUUCUCUUGUCCUAUAGAUGAGCUUCAAGAAGUUUCACUGCCAGAAAUGAAUUGGUUCAAUUAUAGAUUCAAACAACUGUCAAAAAAUGAAAGAUCUAGUGUUUACCUGGCUCAAAUCAAAACAGAUGAAGGGUGGAUUAAUCAUGAAUUUAUUAAGCAAUACAGAGAAAAUUAUGCCUACAUAAUGGAGCUAAAAUGGAACACUCUUGUCAAAAACAGGUCAAUUGACUUUUAUACCAAUACCCAUACUUUAGUCAUGUCUAUUGCUCAUUCAUGCAAUAUAAAAGACAAAACAGAUCUAUUAACCUGGUUACAAUCAACAGCAUUAGCUUUAGAACCAAUACACAAAGCCAAUCGUGUUCAUGGUGAUAUUAAGCCACAACAUAUUUUGAUGAAAGAUGACCGGAUUUGUUUAAUUGAUUUUGAGUUCUCUGUUAAUAAGGAAGACCCAAUUAAUGGAUGCACAAAAGGUUUCCAUCCUCCAGAAUAUGAUGAUUUCCCAAACACUCGUCCUCCGGCAUCAACUUCUGCUGAAAUUUAUUCAGUAGCAUUAUCAGGAUUGUAUUUGUUAUACUCUUCAUGGAGAGAAGACUAUGAGAAAGCUGAUAAUUCUGAUUCAACUAUUGAAGAGAAGAAAGAACAAGUUGAAAGUGAUCGAGUUGAUAUGGAAAGCAAAGAUGCUGAGAUUGAUAAGAAUGCCGAGAUGGACGAUUCUGAAAACACGGCAACAAGUCUAAAAAUUGAUAUUAAUGUAAAAAGAAACAACCUUGCAAAAUUGGUUGAUUAUUUAGAAGAUCAAGUCGUUAAAUCACUCCUUGAAAAAAUGUUGAAAACCAAUCCAAAAGAAAGAAUCAAAGAUGCAACUGAACUUAUCAAAGAACUCAACAAAAUUGAAUCCUCUGUCAAAUUGAAUUCAACAAAUAAUAUCACAAACCAAUUAUAA